AUGGCUAGCCGGAGAGAAGUAAGGUGCCGCUGCGGUAGAUGGAUGUUGGUUCAACCGGGGGCCAGUGCCGUCCAAUGCUCAACCUGCCAUACCGUCACGCAGCUCCACUCGCUCGUGGACAUAGCGCGCGGUGCGAGCCGCAUGAUUCGUGGGUUUCAACAGCUUCGCAGACAACAUCAUGAACAACAACAACAAAUGAUGGCUCUGGCUCAACCGCCUCCACGCCUGCUCGACCCUCUUCCCUCGCCGUUUGGGAAGAAGAGAGCGGUUUUGUGCGGCGUCAACUAUAAGGGGAAAAUCUAUAGCCUCAAAGGUUGCAUCAGUGAUGCUAAAUCCAUGAGGUCUUUCUUGGUUCAACAAAUGGGUUUCCCUAUUGACUCCAUCCUCAUGCUCACAGAAGAUGAAGCGAGUCCGCAGAGGAUACCGACAAAGAGAAACAUCAGAAAGGCGAUGAGAUGGUUAGUUGAAGGAAACAGAGCAAGGGACUCGCUUGUGUUCCAUUUCUCUGGCCAUGGAGCUCAGCAGAAGGACUACAACGGAGACGAGGUCGACGGUCAAGACGAAGCCCUGUGCCCUUUAGACCAUGAAACAGAAGGUAAAAUCAUCGAUGACGAGAUUAACAAGACACUCGUGAGGCCGCUCGUCCAUGGAGCUAAGCUUCACGCUGUCAUCGACGCCUGUAACAGCGGCACUGUCCUUGAUCUACCCUUCGUUUGCAGGAUGGAGAGGAAUGGUUCUUACGAAUGGGAAGAUCAUCGAUCAGUGAGUGCUUACAAAGGAACAGAUGGUGGGUCAGCUUUCUGUUUCAGUGCUUGUGAUGAUGAUGAAUCCAGUGGUUACACUCCUGUGUUCACGGGAAAGAACGCAGGAGCCAUGACUUAUAGCUUCAUAAAGGCGGUGAAGACAGCUGGACCGGCUCCCACGUACGGUCACCUUCUCAACCUUAUGUGCUCUGCGAUACGCGAGGCCCAGUCUCGCCUCGCCAUCGAUGACGACUACACAAGCUCUGAUGCCUCAGCGGAGCCACUGCUAACAUCAUCAGAGGAAUUCGACGUGUACGCGACAAAGUUUGUACUCUGA